AAAUUGAGCACAAGCGAAAAAGCGGCAGCGGAAGCAGAACGUGCGAUUUUGGAAACACAAGCGAAACUUCUCGCUGCUGAAUCAAAAAAACCAGGAAAAGAGGAAGAAGAAGUAACCCGCUUGCAAGCUGAACUCGAGACUGCGCAAGCGGAGGUCAAUGGCUUGAAAACGC